AUUGUACUUUUGACAGAAGCAGACGAACAACAUUCAGUUAUUUAGUCCAACGAUCUGACAUUUAGAACCACUUCUGUCAUGUUACAACGUAUUUUUAGUGUUUUUUGUUCGAGAGAAUAUUACGAUAUCGAUGGGAAGCGAUAUUUUGUGCGUGAACUUAUUGGCCAAGGUGGUUUCAGCACAGUUGACCUGGUAAGCGAGGCUUCCAGUGAUCGCCUUUACGCCUUAAAAAAAAUUCGAUGUCACAGCACCGAAGAUGAACAAGCUGCAGAACAAGAAAUCCGAUACCACAAGCAAAUCAACCAUCCCUCAGUUAUUGAGUGUCUUGCUUUCAGAACAGUUGGAAGUGCUGAUAUUUCAAGCAAUCAAACUAGUUUAGUCCUACUUCUAUUACCAUUUUACAAGUAUGGAUCAUUGCAAACAUUACUAGAAAAGAGAUUAUUAAAGAAAGAGCCAUUAUCUGACAAGCUCAUUCUCAACUAUUUUCAACAAAUUUGUGAAGGAUUAGCUGCUAUACACGUUAUUGGAGUAGCACAUAGAGAUCUAAAACCCGCGAAUGUUUUACUUGCCCCUAACGACCGCGUAGUCAUUAUGGACCUUGGUUCUGCUGCUCCUGCUACCGUGGAGAUAACCAGCUACAACGCCGCUCAGAGACUCCAAGAUGAUGCAGCAGAACGUUGUUCCAUGACUUAUCGCGCACCAGAACUUUUUAACAUCCAAAGUCCGUCUACCAUCGAUGAGCGUACUGAUAUCUGGUCUUUGGGGUGCCUGCUAUAUGCCCUCUGCUACUAUAAAUCGCCUUUUGAUGAGGUAUUUGAACGAGGAGAUAGCGUUGCUUUGGCUGCCUCCAGUGGAAUGAAUCAUUUUCCAAAUUCCACUUCCCCAGGAGUCAAUUCGUCGGUAAACGACUUAAUUUCCACUUUGCUUGUUGUUGAUCCCAAAGAAAGACCUUUCAUUGCUGAUGUUCUCAGUUCAAUAGAAGCUCUCAAGGGGUUGUUGUAGGCUAUAAAACUCUAACCAAUAACAAAUCAAUAUAAUAAAUGCCAAAAAUGAAGAACA